AGGUGGUACUCCAAUGUUACUGACUUCAGUUAUCGUUUGGUAAUCGCGCCCUAAGGAGCUUUAAUCCUUGUAGGACGUCCGUCGCGCCAUAGUGAAAGUGCGAACGAGUCACGCGAGGUGAAAAGGGAUCAGAUCGGGAACUGGAAGUAGUUGUUGUCGAUUGUCUUUGAGCGGGAACGUUGUCCUAUGAAUAGUUUGUGACUGAUGGUAAAGGGUAAUUGUGUGGGCUAGAAGAAUGGAUGGUAUGCAAGUGACAGUGGGAAAUUACAUUUGCCACCCGAGGGAAGAUCCGUGCCCAUAUUUUCAUGCUUUGAUGAUUACUUCGGUCUAGUAUAGAUGCGUAGCCAAUGGGAAUGAAGUGAAGAGUGAUUGUUUUAUGAGCGGUGCGGAUUUGAGCGAAGACACAAGCCCGCCAUCCUGGGAAGAAAGCAGUGUGCCAUCGUUGCAGGUUUCAAUUUGUGCCCAAGGAUGUGUGUUUCGGAAUAUGCAGAGCAAUUCGAGUGUUGAUGGGUUUUGGGAGGGGAGUGUUUUGGUCCAGAUGGUCGCAUCGACUGCUGCAAAUCACAGCUGGUACACGACAAUCAGUGAUAGAGUAAUAAAUGAGCUGCUGGAAGGAGAUUUAGAAGAUCUCAAUGUGAGCAGUGUACUGCUGAAGAGUACAGCCUAUUCGUCUCAGCUCGCCACAACUGCAAUUACCCGAGGAAGCCGGGACGAUUUGUGGAUUUAUCAAACGACAUACCUACCGGAUGUUCAACAACCAUCAAAGGAUUCCAGUUAUGACAUCGACCAACAAACGUUCCUUUACUAUGCGGAAUUGUUGAGUGUCAUCAACUUUUACUACAUUCCUGCACUCGUGCUGUUCGGUAGCAUAGGAAACAUACUCUCCGUGUUGGUGUUCUUCAAAACUAAGUUGAAGAAAUUGUCUUCCUCUUAUUACCUGGCUGCUCUUGGUUUAAGUGAUACGUGCUAUCUAGUGGGUUUGUUUAUACCCUGGUUAAAUUUAGUGGAUAUUAAGAUUUAUACCCUCGAGGUCUACUGUCAGUUUUUUACGUUCUUCAGCAACUUGUGUAGCUUUCUGUCCGUGUGGUUUGUGGUCGCUUUUACGGUUGAACGGUUUAUUGCUGUCUUGUAUCCGUUGAAGAGGCAAACUAUGUGUACGGUACGGCGUGCCAAGAUGGUGAUAACAGCUCUGACACUGAUUGGAGUGUUUAUCAGCUUGCCGGUGAUAUUUUUCGCAUCGCCUCUGUACUCACCGGCCAUGAAUGAAACCAUCUGUGAUAUGCCCGAAGAAUACAAAGACCAGAUGACGAUGUUCAAUUACUUGGACACGAUCCUGGUGUUCGUGGUGCCGUUCACGGUUAUAGUGGUCCUUAAUACAUUUACUGCCCUAACCGUGUGGAAAUUUGCCGGGGUACGGCGAACGAUGACGAUGCCGCGGAGCUUUGGCGGACUGCGGGAGUCCCGGCGCCAUCAUCAUCAGCAUCAGCUCAAUCUAUCUUCCUCCGAUGCACAGCUCCUGAACGGGAACACCGUUGUACAGCAAGUCCAUCAUUACAGUCGAGGUCGUGUAGCGAACUCUCAAAUCAAAGUAACGAAAAUGUUGCUGAUAGUGUCCACUGUAUUCGUUUGUCUCAAUCUUCCGAGUUAUGCAGUUCGAGUGAAAAUAUUUCUCGGGACCGAACAUGCCCAUAUCGUACUGCUGGUGCAAAACUGCUGCCAUUUGUUUUUCAUGACAAAUUUCGGCAUUAACUUCAUACUGUACUGCGUCAGUGGCCAGAACUUUAGGAAGGCGGUGUUCGGUAUGUUUCGCAAACACAGCAUGAGGCAAAUAAACCAGGAACAGGCAUCCGGGACUCAAAUUUCAGAGUUCAUCCUCCGGAAUGGAUCUAAAAUGCGACGCAACACGACAACCAACAACGAUGCCGAUAACUCGUGGCGAGACCUGACCGACUACCAAAUUACCAACUUUGUAAAGUGAACUAAAUGCGACUAGAGUGAAAUUGGUUUCGUGUUUAUCCGUCUCCGGUUUAGUCGUAGCGGUAUGUGCUGUGUACAAUUUUAUGGCGUUCUGCAAAAAAACAGUCUGUGUAAAUGGUUCCCAACCAGUGCACAAUGGGGAAAUCCGAAUUCAAAGGUGGAAAAAAUUGAUAACUUUUUUCACGAACAACUUACAGAAUAGAUCAAGAGCUUAUUCGAAAGGGAAUUUUGCAAAGAAUUCAGUGAGUGCUGUUUCAUGGACG